AUCUCCGAUGUUGAUUAAGCGAAUAUUUAAGGAUGUUUUUUUUUAUUUUUAUGCUCAGUUAUGUUGUGAUAGCAUAAUACUCAUCAGGUCAAUAGUUAAUAACAGUGAAUUCUGGACCGUUAAGUGGUUUUCCUUGAUUAGAUUAUUAAUAAUAAGUAGAUUUAAAACAUGCCCCUUCAAGUACCGAACGUAAUCCUCUACCUCGUGGUCGCACUAAUUCUACCGCUACUCGCUGUAAUUGCGCUGUUCUUAUUCAUAUUUAGGCAACUAGUGGAUUUAUACUUAAAAGUUACGUUAAAAGAAAAAUAUGGGGGUUUAUUAUGCGCUGCAGAUAAAGUUUAUGCGAAAAGAAUACCUGCAAAUCCUUUGGUCAUGUUUGGGUGCAGCUACGUUAGAACCGAUACAAAAGUCAAUUUAUUGGAGAAGUUUAGGAAUUAUGCUGAGAGGAACAUCUUAGGUAACGCAGACGAGUACCUAAAACUGACGUCCACACUUCAUUGCUUCCUUGGCCAGGCCUAUCUGCAAAAAGAGACAAUGAAAGUAGAAGAGAUUGCUAAACCAAUUCCUUUGCCGCAAACUGAUGAUCGAAAAUUUAAUGAAGAAUAUUUAAAAGAAUCCGUGGCGCUCUUGUACUCAGCGCCACUACCUAGAAACAACACCGCUCUAUUCGAUGUCUUCGUAUCCACCGAGCCUCUGGAAGAUUUUCAUCCAAGCGUGAAAGGUUACGUGUACCCAAUGAUGUUCCGUAUGCACCACUCGGUAGCCGAUGGUGCCAGGUGCAUAACAUUAAUUGCGAAAUGUUGGGCGGACGAGAAGCAAGCGCUUUAUUCCGAUCAGUUGACUUUAGAAGAAAAAAGGACAAAAAAUACGAAAAAUAUUAUUGAAAAUAUUAUAAGCCUUGCAAGGGAAUCUAUAGCCCUAAUCCAGCUUCUAAUAACAGGAACAGUAGCAUUUCUAAAGGCGUCAUUUCUAAAAGAGUGUGACGACAACAUCAUACAUCCAGAAGGCCGUUAUUUAUGCGGUGACAAGUUGAUUGCUUGGCAAACUGAGACGGAGAGUUGCCACGUGCAAACCGUUAAGGAUAUCAAAAACAGAAUACCGAAUACGAAGUUUUCGGACGUGAUAUUUUAUUGCAUUUCUGCCGCAAUGACUGAUUAUUUUACCAUGAAAAACGUUUGUCCACCGGAAAAAAUCUCCUGUAUCCUGCCUUUUUUAAUAUUCAAACCGUCAGUAAACGAAUUUCGGCCUAGAGAUCUCAAGAGCGAAUUUACAUUUAUUACCAUCGACUUGUCUUUGGUGAACCCCUCAAACGGUUUCACUACUGGAAUAGAGAAAGUUAAGACUAACUUGGAUGAAGGCAAAAAUAGUGUGCUUAAAGAUUUCAUAUACUUAACAGCCAAUUACUUAAUGGCAGUAAUUCCUACGACGAUAUGCCCAUUUGUUUUCGAUACUUCCGCGUACACUGCUGCGAUAAGCAAUGUACCUGGUUGCGAGAAAUUCAAGUUCCUAGGGCACGACGUGCUCUCUUUAAUUAUUAGUGCGCCAAACACAAACCAAACUGGUUUAACUAUAACAGUACUAACAUUGGACAAUAAAUUCAAUAUAUGCCUGUUUGCCGAUAAGGCCAUCAUUCAAAACCAAGAAGACGGACAGUUUAUCGUGGAUCGAGUAGUGAGGAAUAUUGAGAUUUUGAAUGAGGAAAGCAAACAGAUAUUUGCGUAAAUCUAACACAAUGACGUGGCAUCUGGCACUUUCACCAAAGCAUCAGGAAAAGUAUUUGAAAAAUACUUCAGAAAGCCUGGGACUCUCGUUGGUUGACAUAAGGACAAGAAACAUCUUAAUAAGGGAUAAAUGCAUUCCUUAGACAAUAUUAUAAUUUAUUUAAUAUAUAGCCAGAACACU